AUGUAUUUUUAUUUUUUUUACCUAGUACUUAUAUAUAAUGUAAUCAUUUAUUAUUUAUGCCUAAAACAUUGCAAGAAAUUAUAUAAAAAAACACAUUUAUUUAUAAACUAUUCUUUAAAUAAAUAUAAGAAACGAGAGGAAUUUGUAAAGUAUAAAAAAUGUAAAGAUUCAACAUUUAUAAGUUCAUUAGAGUCUCCCAUAGUUGGAUUAAAAAUUGACGAAAAUAUAAAUAGAAAGAUAAUAGAAGAAAGGAAAAUAUCUUUUUUUCAUUUCAAUUUAAAUAAUAAAAUAAAAUUUACAUUGAAAAGGGACCUUCUAUAUAAAAAUAAAAAUAAACUGAAUAAUUUUUUGUGUUUGUACUAUCUACCUAAUGUAUCUAAAAGAUAUUUAAAAAUCUUGUUAGAAAAUUUUAGUUUAAAUGAUUUUUAUAUAAAAGAAAAUAUCUUAUAUCAUCUAAUUUUGAAAUACCUAUAUAUAAAUUAUAGUAAAUGCAACGGAAAAUUAUUAAAUCUAAUUGAUAAUAGUAAUUACAAAUUUAUUCUAAAUCAUGCAAGAAAUUUAAAAAAAAAUGUAAAAAAAAAAAAAAAAAAAGAUAAUAUUUGCGACAACAAAUUAAUAGAUAUUUACUUAAAAACAAGAAAGAAACAAAACAUAACAUUUUUUGGCAUAAACAAUUGCAGAAAUAUAAAUAAAGUAUAUACAAAAAUUAAAAGAAAUAUUACCUAUUAUGAUGUGUUUGAUAGAUUAAUAAUUUUAAAUUAUUUUUAUCUCCAUUCGCAAUAUAGAUUAAUAUUACUGUUUUUCAAAAAUUAUAUUUAUAAAAUUUUAAAUAAAAACAAUUUAUUUAUAAUAAAUUUUGUUAAUAAAUUAAAUGAAAAUAAUUUCUUAAAUAAAUAUAUAAUGUGCCAAAAUUUAACACGCAAUAAUUUGUAUAGUACUUCAUUAAGUAGUAACAAAAAAAAAUUCAAAUUAAAUUUUUUAUCGGUUAAUACAUUUAAUUUUAUUGACAACUAUAUUACAGAUAAUAUUUAUUUCAAUAACAAACAUUUUAUUAAUAAUAAUAUUACUAAUAAAAAUUAUGAUAUAGAUAAAAAGGAAUAUAAUCAAUCGAAUACUAAUUUUUUAGUAUAUUUAAAUAUUUUAGAUACCUUAUUAAAAAAAAGAAACUAUUAUUUCAUAGAACAAUUUCUUCAACAGUUUUAUACGUAUUAUUCAAAUAAUGACAUUUUUUACGAUUAUAAAUGGUGUUAUUUUUUUUUAACAUUAUCUCAUGCAUUGAAAAUUUUUUAUUUAAAAAAAAAGUAUCAUGUUGAAAAUAACACAAAUAAAUCUACUAAAGAAAAUUAUUUUAUUAAUCACAUUAAUAUAUACAACGAAGAUCUGUUUAGUAAUAAAAUUUGUUUUUUCAAAUAUUUAAAAGAAUUAAAUGAUAAAAUAAUAUCCUAUGUAAAACAAUUCAUUAUAUGUAAUAUGCCAUACAAUGAGAAAGAUACAUUUAAAUUAUAUUCUGUUUUAAUAUUAUUGCAGUAUGUUUUCUUACUUGAUUUAAAUUUAAGCAAUGUUGAUUUUAUCAAUAAGAAAUCUAUUAAUUAUUUUACAAAUAAUUUUUUUGAAAACAAUGGGGAAAAGAACAACAAUAUCGAUCUCAAAAAAAAAAAAAAAAUAAUAAAUAAAAUCAAUGAAAAAAAAAACAUAUCAGGUGAAGAAGCAAUGUUAAUGGAAAUGGGAAAAGAAACAAAAAAUAAAUUAACUAUAAGCAUAAAAAAAAAUGAUACAUUAAAUAACGAAUUAGUUGAUAAUAAUAGAAUUGCUUUUUUAAAAAGGCUUUUAAAAAAAAAAAAAUUAUUUUCAUUUAUCAUAAAAGGAUAUAAAGGAUUAUUAAGAAGAUUUUUUGAAACAAUUAAUGAGACAGUUCUUAUUUAUAAUAACACCUUUGACGAAUUAUAUCUUUUUAUAUAUAACUAUAUCACUGAUUUAGUGGAUGCAUCAUUUAAGGAUGGUGAAAUACUAUUUCAGUUGAUAAUUAAUAAAAGACAAAUAUUAUCCUUAUGUAAGAUAAAUAUAUGUUUUUUAUUUAUAUUAAUUUCAGCAUUUGAUAUGUGUAAUUAUACUAAAAUUGCUGUUGAUAUUAUAGAAAAAAAUCAAAAGAUCUUAAAAAAUGUACGAUAUAAUAUAAUUAAUCUAUUAUUAGAAAGAUUAAAAAAUAGAGAAAUUUUGCAAAAAGAUGAGCACUCCUUUUUAUUUGAAAAAAUAUUAUUAGAAUAUAAUAGAAUUUAUACUAUUUAUAAACAAAUAAUUAAUUGUUAUAAUAGAAAAAAAAUAAAAAUUUUAAUUAAUAAAUUAAUGGAUAAUAAGAAAAAUGCAGGAACGUUAAACAUUUUUAAAAAAAAAAUAUUAGUACUAAAUUUAAAACAAAUAUUUUUUAUUUUUUAUUAUUUAAAUAAUUUGAAAUUACAUAAAGAAAUAAUUAUAUUGUUUAAGCACAUUAUGAAAUCUAAAUAUUUCAAGAAAAAAUUUUUUAGAAUAUUGAAAAAUGGCAAAAAAAAUGCAUUAAAAAGAAAAAAGGAAAAUUAUAAUUUAUCUAAAAAGAUUCUUUUUAUCUAUUAUAAAUCCAACAUGUGCUUAAAUAACUUAUUUUAUUUUUCAGAAGAAACAAAAUAUAUUAAAAAUUAUCUAAAGUAUUUAUUUUUUUAUUAUAAUCCUUUAUAUAUAUAUGAUUAUUUAAUUAAAAAAUAUUCAAAAAAAAAAACAUAUAAUAAAAAUAAAAAGGAUACUAACGAUAGCAUGAAAUUUAUUGAAAUGGAAUUAAAAAAAAAAGAAAAUAUAGAAUUUUUUAAUUUGAAAAACAUUAGAAAAAUUAAAAAAAGUAAAAUUUUGAAACACUUUUUCAUUGAAAAAAUAUAUACUUUAAUAAAUAAAAAAGAAUAUACUUUAAUUUUUAAUGGACUUAUGAAAUAUUUGUACAAAAAAAGAACGAAAUUAAAUUACAAUAUGACUAAUAAAAAUAGUAAAAUAUCUCAGAAUAAAAAAAAAUUUUUACAUUUGCAAUAUAUAUAUUUAUAUUUUUAUCUUACUGUACUAUGUUAUUUAAAAUCUUAUAAAUUGUCGAAUAUAAACUUUUUAAUAUUAAUGAGAACAUUUUUAAUUAUGAAAGAUAUUGACAUGUUUCAUAAUUUCUUUAUAUUGAAUAAAAAAAAAGUAUGUAAAAGUUAUAUUUUUAUUAAUUCUAUGUUAAAUAAUCAUCUUUAUAAUUAUAAAAACAGUUUGGAUAUUUUGGAAAAUUUUUUAGGAGUACCUGUGGAUGCAUGUAUUCUGCACAAAAGCGAAAUUAUUAUUUUUAAUUUUAAUUAUAAUGAAGUUGUCAAAUCAUUUGAUAUGUUUGUUAAAAAUAGAAAUAAUAAAACUAAAAUAAUUUUCUUUAUUGAUUAUAGAAAAAUUUCUUUUUGCUUAAUAAAUUUGCAAUCUUUCUUUAAUCUUAACUUUUUAAAAAAUGACAAGUUAUUAAAUUUUUUAAAUAAAAAAAAAAUAAUGUUAAAUCGUGAUAAUAUUUUUGAAAUUUCUGAAUUUGCCAUAUUUUAUGGAAAUUGUUUAAAAAAAAAAAAAAAAAUUCAUGACUUUUUUUCUGAUAAUUUUAAAAUUUUUGAAGUAAACAUAAACAAGAAUAUUAAAGAUGCUUUAAUUGUUUCUUUGAAAAAUUAA